CGCAUGGUGGGAUGUUCAAACUCCAACGAGACCCACUUCCAACAUCCGACGGAGAUGAGGUCACCCAGCUCUUAAAUUCUAUGAUUAAAGAUAUCACAGGUCAACUUCCAGUUGAGCGCCUGAUUCGACCACUCAGAAUUCCCUGACAAUAUGUCCUGCCCUCGAAGACUCAAUCUUGGCAUCAUCGGUGCCGGUGAGGUCUUCCAAGUCUGCCACGGGCCUUGCCUCUUGCUUUUAUCGCACCUCUUUAAGAUUGAAUCUAUCUGCGAUCUAUCCCCUACCACGAUAGAGCACUGCGCGAUCAAGUUCAAUGUCCCGAACAAGACCACCACGCCGCAAGAGGUGAUUGACAACCCAAACGUCGACACAGUCUUCAUCCUUACCUCGGAUGAAAGCCAUGCUCCGCUGGCUAUUGCCAGUCUGAAAGCGGGCAAGAAUGUCUUUAUCGAGAAACCAGUAUCUCUGUCUCUCCCUUCUAUGGAAUCCAUCAUCGACGCCGAGAAGAAUGCACCUGGCGGUGCCCGAGUCUUCGUGGGUUAUAUGCGUCGCUAUGCCCCAAGCUUCUUGCAGGCCUUUAAGCGAGAGAUUGCUACUAUCCCGAAAAUUCUGUAUGCACGAGUUCGCGACUUUAGCGGACCCAAUGCGCAAUUCGUCAACCAAAGUGGUACUUUCCAGGUCAAAGGUUCUGAUUACCCUCCCGAGGCAGCAGAGGAGCGCAACAUACGCUUAGAAGCUCUCUUUGCAGAGGCAUUCCCGAACGAAGAGAUCACGGAUGAAAAGCGCAAGUUUUGCCGCUUCUUGGGUAGUCUUGGGUCUCAUGACAUUUCUCUCAUGCGUGAAGUUCUUGGGUUCCCCCAGAAGGUCGUUGGUGUGUCUGUAAAUGAUCCCUUCUACAACGCCAUCAUGACUUUCCGCAACCAAGAUGGCUCCACUUAUUCGACCACCUAUGAGAGUGGUAUUGAUGGGGUUCCAGUCUUUGACGCCCAUAUUGCAGUGUACGGAGCUAACAAGAGAGUGACAAUCAAGUAUGACAGCCCUUACGUCAAAGGGCUGCCGAUCUAUGUUGAAGUGGAAGAGCCGAACGAGCAUGGAGAGAUUCAGCAGCGGACUAUGCUAUCUUCGUACGAAGAUGCUUAUACAGCCGAGCUUCAGGAAAUGUAUGAAGCAUUUGUGCAUGGAAAAGCCAUCAAGACCAAUGUCGAAGAUGCCAAGAAGGAUCUUGAGAUCUACAAUAUGAUGUACAAGAGUUGGAGCGGGAACUAGCUACCCCAAAGCGCCCUUCGCAUCUAAAUUUACAAUUUAGAAAGGGGUUUGAUCAUUCUAUUUUUCCGGGCUUUCUGAUACACCUGUCCCUCCAUUUGUCCGGGCUAUAUAGCCUCGGGUAUCCCGUACAUACAUAGAUUCCAAUUGUCCGAAAAGAAGCCAUUUUUGACUGAGCUCCAGGAUUGGAUAUAGCAACGCCAUAGUCGGGCAAACACUUCCAUCAUUUCAC